AUGAAAGACAUGCUUCAGCAGCUCCUCCAACGGCAAGCCAAGGGUACAUUGGACAUGAACAACAAGUUGGUUGAGAUAGACUCAAAAAUUGAAUCUUUAACUUCAAGGGUUCAGAUGAUUGAGUCUUCUAGUGCUUCAUCUUCAUCACCCCACAAAUAUGCUCAUGCCGUCACACUAAGAAGUGGUCGACAGUUACCCAACAGAGUUGGUACACCCCAAAUCGCUGUGGACAUCGAUGACGAGGAAGGGGAGGAUUUAGUUGAGUAUUCAGACAUUCCUGCACCAAACUCGAUCGAGCCUGAACGCAACACUGAACCAGAAGUUCCACAAUACAAACCUGAACUCGAUCGAGCCAAAGCACAAGCUGACAAAGCUAGUUCCAGCCAGCCACCUCAGCCUGUUGGGAAGAAGAAGGACACUCCAUCCGCACCACCACCAUACAAACCCCCUCUACCUUUCCCAGGAAGGUUCAAGAAACAGCUAUUGGAGAAGCACAAGGCUAAGUUUGAGGAGCUCAUAAAGGAGAUUGAGUUGAACUUACCAUUUAUUGAUGCUUUGAUGCUCAUUCCACCCUACCAGAAGUUCCAGAAGGAUGUUGUACUUCAAAGGACUAAGGAGGUGCAAGGAAUGGUGAUUUUGACUUGUGAAUGCAGUGCAAUCUUUCAAUGA